AUGUUAGACUUAUUUAGCAUUUUUAGUAAAGGCGGUAUAGUGUUAUGGUGUUUUCAAAGCACGAGCGAUAUAUUCUCGCCGUCAGUGAAUUCUUUGAUAAGAAACGUAAUCUUACAAGAGCGUUCUGGGAAUAAUUCCUAUAACCAUAAUGCCCUUACACUCCAAUACAAGCUUGAUAAUGAGUUUGAACUGGUUUUUGUGGUUGCGUACCAGAAGAUAUUGCAACUCUCGUAUGUGGAUAAGUUCCUCAAUGACAUACACUUGGAGUUUAGGGAUAAAUACAAGAAUGAUUUGCAAGGAGGACACUAUAUAACAGAUUUUGAUUUCAAAACUACAUUUGAAAAUGUGCUAAGACAGUGUGAACAAUGGGCUAAGUCACAAGCAAAAAUACCAAAACAAAUGAGAACCUUUGAAGACUCUCUGAAGUCUAAAAAAACAGUUGCAUCUAUGAUUGAAAGGAAGGGUGAUGAGAAAAAUAAAAAGUCAGUAAAAAUAGUAGAAAAUAAGAGCAUAGCUAAUGGUAAAGUAGAAGAACCGGUAGACACUGAUGAUGAUUUAAUUGCGGCCAACAGGGCUAAGCUUGCACAGAAAUUGGCCACCAAGGGAAAGAAGGAUGUAAAGAAAUCUCCAAAGAGUCCAACCAAUGCAAACAAAGUAGUGGACCGCACUAAGAAGCCUCGCGUUUGGGAAUUAGGGGGUGAUUCUAGGGACCUGCCUUCACUUGACUUCAGCACAGAUAAGGAGGGUGAUGUUGAGGUAGCAGCUGAUACACAGUUGAUCGGCCAAAUGACGGGUGCCAUUCGGGAUUUGGAGGUUGAGUCCGAAGAAUCAAGCAGUGAGGAAGAAGUGGAACAAGGGAAACCCAGUCCCAAGAAAUCUGGGGGCAUGUUCAGUAUAUUUAAAGGUCUGGUGGGCUCUAAGGCUUUAACUGAAGAGACGAUGCGACCAGUGCUGGACAAGAUGAGGGACCAUUUGAUUGGCAAGAACGUUGCUGCUGAUAUAGCUAAUAAGCUUUGCGACUCCGUCUCUACUAAGCUAGAUGGAAAGGUCCUUGGUACUUUCGACAGUGUGGCCAAGACGGUGAAAGCUACUCUAACGGAGUCGCUGAUGCAGAUUCUAUCUCCAAAACGACGCGUGGACAUCCUCCGUGAUUGUCUCCAUGCAAAGCAGCAGGGUCGGCCAUAUGUUAUGUCCUUUUGCGGGGUAAACGGCGUUGGAAAAUCGACGAAUUUGGCAAAGAUCUGUUUUUGGUUGAUCGAGAACGAUCUGUCAGUUUUGAUUGCCGCUUGCGACACGUUCCGUGCAGGUGCGGUCGAACAACUGCGCACGCACACACGUCGUUUGGACGCAUUGCAUCCACCGCAGGCGCAUGGAGGCCGACGCAUGGUUCAUCUCUAUGAGAAGGGAUAUGGCAAGGACGCAGCCGGUAUAGCAGCAGAGGCCAUCCGUUUUGCGGCAGACUCCAAAAUAGACAUCGUCCUUAUCGACACGGCUGGCAGAAUGCAGGACAAUGAACCGCUCAUGCGCGCUCUAGCCAAACUGAUUAAGGUCAAUGAACCCGAUCUGGUGCUGUUCGUGGGCGAAGCCCUAGUCGGGAACGAAGCCGUAGAUCAGCUGGUUAAAUUUAAUCAGGCGUUAGCUGAUCACAGUUCAUCGUCCAACCCGCACGUCAUAGACGGGAUAGUGUUGACCAAAUUCGAUACUAUCGACGAUAAAGUGGGCGCGGCGAUAUCGAUGACGUACAUCACUGGUCAACCGAUCGUUUUCGUGGGGACGGGACAGACUUACACGGAUUUGAAGGCGCUGAAUGCAAACGCGGUCGUUCAUGCGUUAAUGAAGUAG